CUAAUGGAGCAACAAACUCUGCAGCCGUUAGCGGUCUGUUCGCCUGCUGCAGGAUGCGACGCUUGGUGAUGAUGCUCUGGAUCACCUGGACCAUGUGACCUGGUGUAUAGCCAUCAGAAAUCUUCGCAAGAGAGCCGAGGUCCAGCGACCUGGUCACAUCCCCGCCCCGCUUCCUGAUCAGUUGGUUCCACAAGACUGAAGGCAAACAGAUUCAAUUCAGGGUUCUUUUCAGCAAAAAUCAGGGCUGAGCCUCCGUCCUCUUCAUCGGGGUAGUCUGGAAAGGAUCCUGUGGUAUCACUAUUUCAAAAGAAACGCAGCUAUGUAAGUUAUGUAGUGUUAAAAUGCUUCACUGAAAUAACACAAGUGAAACAGCCCUCUCACUUUCAGCUUACCGGCAUUCAAUGAACCACUGUCGGAUCUGCUCUUUCAUGGUCUUGCUGAUAUCAUCACCCUCUACAUCUCGUAGUUGGUUUGUGACAGACACUAAAGACUUCUGGUAGUCCUCACAGUGCUCCUCCUGUUUAAUCUUUGUGCAAGCCUCACUGGACAGGGCAGCGACUUCUGCGGGGCUAGGCGCCUGGAAUUUUGGAUCCAUGGCCUGACAAGAACAUGACAAAUCAUACUUUACAUAUUAAACAAAUGCAAGCUCUCAACAAGACUAUUAUGAACGGAAAAGAGUCACUUGAUUGAAGCUGAAUAUGAACUCCUACUGAGCAAAGAAAUACUGCAAUACAGCUUUAACGAUAAAGCCACUCCUCUCUUUCUUUUAAACAAACAAAAACAGUUUUAGGUUUGGAUUUAUUUAAUACAACACAAAGGAUGACAUCAAUCAGCUUUUAGAUCGUAGUAUUAGAAGUACAGGUGGCAUUGAUAAAAAGUUGUGGAUCCAUUUCUAAAGCUUAAUGCAAUUAGAAAAAUGGGUGUUCCAUUUAACUCACCAUUCCCAGGAAAAUCAUUUCUUCUUCCCUAACAAUCUUUGUCCUCUUCCUCUGCAUGAAGCCCCUCCACACCUGCAAAUCAAAUUCAACCAAUCUUUCAGCAUGAGAGGUGAAAGACAGAGGCAUGUGGGGUUAUGUUGAUGACGGAGCACCUUCUGUAUGCAGACUGUGGCCGACUCAAUGGCUUCUGUUCCAGGGUCCUUGGUCCGGUACAUCCUGUUCAUGUUUCUGCUCUCUUCAUUCAACUUGGCCCUCAGGCGUCCUUGUCGGGCCCUCUCUGCCACUUGAAUGAUCUUAAUGGCCUUCUCUUGACUCAUGUCCUUGGCCAUCAGAGGCUGUAAGGACAAAAUUGUUGUCACAUUUUUCUGCUUAUCCUUAAUUAAAUAUAAAAAAGGCAUUGUUGUUUCGAAGUUAAAACCUGUGUUUGUUUUACUCUUAUCCUACUUUCCUGUUUUGCAACAAAACAAAAUUACCAAAUGAUGUCAAAGAAUAUCACGUACAGGCUUUAAUUGAGAUGUGGCUCGUUUUUUUAACUCACUUCUGGGCUUUCAGUAACCUCAACCAUUUUAAGAAUAUCGGUCAGCAUAGUCGUUCUUUUUUGGAGUUCCUUGCCGCGUUCACUGAUGAAAUAGCGAGGGAUGGGGAUCUCCAGGGCUUCCUAGGAUACAACAAAGAAAAUAUCUGUUGAGUUAUUUCAUUACUGAAGGGUAAUCAAACAGAUAGCCAAUGCCUGCUGCUGAUAUAUCAACAUAAAUCAGUUUGGGUGUAUCAGGAAUACAAUUUUCAUUAUACUUGCUCUGAACUAUGAAACUCACAGGUGUAAGCUUUAAAUCAUGAAGGAUAUCAUCCAUGUAGUGGUACUCUGAGAACUCUUUUUCCACCAUUUCAUUCUUCAGCUCUAACACCCUCCCAAUCACACCAUCAAGAAUUGCCCGAAUAACUCGUCUCUUCUGAGGGUGGACCACCUGGUCAUAGAUCUCCUCAAGCUGUCUGAAGAUUUGGAUGUAGCGCACAUAGAGCAUGGCCAGCCGCUGGAAGAACACCACCCUGUCCUUCUCUGGGCGGGGGGGCUCAGCAGGCAGCUCCUCAGUUAGCAGGCAGCUCAACGCUAACUGAGCAUCUGCCCACAGCUCGUUGUAUCUCCUGGAACAGUGUAAACAAUCUGAUUAGCUGACACUGGAAAAAAGGUACCUGGGAGUUGAGCGAUAGUCUAGAAGAAAAAGGUCAUCUUUUAUUAAGGCCAUACCGUAUUUAUAGAAAAAUAAUAAAUUCUUGAACUUUCAAGGUGCAUGGAUAAGGGAUGAAUUCUGAAGAGGUCAAAAGCUCCAGGAACAUUUGCAGGAUACAGAACAACGUUAUUGUAAGGCCAACACGGUUCAGCUUGUGGCCUUCAUCAGGGUCAUCACGCAUUGGUGUUACAAUAAAGUGGUUCUGUGUUUCCAUAAACUACAUUUCAGGAAUGCCUUGAUGGAAGAAAUACUCUGUUGAAAGUAAAAAUACUCUCUAAAAUUAAAUGUCAAAUUACAAAAUGACAAGCUUCAAAAUAAUUGUAAAGUACCAAAGAUAAAUGAACUCAUUGUGCAAAAUGGCCCGUAAUAUAUUUUUUACCAAUGUAGAACUACAUUUGAUCGCUUAUAUUCUGCUGCGUCUCUCACAUCAUGAUCUGGUAAUUGUUUAAUUUUUUGUAUUUAUAACCUGAAUCUGCCAAGUGACUCACUCUCAUAUAUAGUGAUGUAUACAUUUCAAUCAUAAGAAAAUGAAAAUCCUCCAAUACUAAACAAAGUGUACACUGCACCAUUGAAGAAAUGUUUAAGAUUGCAGCUUUGUGUCUUUAAUCAAUGAGCUACAGUAAGUAAAGGUAAACAAACACCACUGACAAACCUGCUCAGUGGUUCUGUAACAGUUCAGUUAUUCAACCAGCAGGACUCCUCUGCUAACAAUCGCAAUAGAGCAGGUAGCUUAAAGCACGUGCCAUUAAAUGCCACAUUUUUAGAGCUUGCUGCCAUUCGUGAGUUUUGGAAAGAAAUACUAACACCUGAACCUUAGUGUAUUCUUAAAUAUUAUUAUUUGCUAUGGUGUUGUGGGGUUUUUACCUGGGUUAAGCCAAUUUAAAGUGUCCAAAUUGCACGGGGCAGAUUGACAUCGGUAGCCUAGGUAUUGCCUUAAAUGUAGUGGUGUAAAGUAACUUAGUAUAUUUACUAAUUACUCUACUUAAGUAAAAUGUUGAGAGACUUUGUAAUAUUUACUUCUUCAAUAAGACUUUAGUUACACCUGGAGUAACAUUCACAAUCUACCCUGCAGCAUACAAGUCAUUAAAACUAGCUGCACCUUUACCAGCUUUCAUAAGCACAUUAAUGCAUCAAUAAUUCAUCAAAACAUAUAUAUUAUUCUGAAAUGGGUUAUUUGCUUUUGGUACUUUUAAGUAUAUUUGUAUGCUAAUACUUUUACCUGCGGAACAUUUUGAAUGCAGGUCUUAAUUGUAACAGAGCAUUCCUACACUCUGGUAUUUCUUCUUUUACUUAAGUACGAGAUCUGAGUGGUUUAUUUGACUAUUUUAAAUAGACUACGUAUUAUAAAUGUAUUGUUUAGGUUUUAUGCACUGUGCUGACACUUCACCUUUGCUUAACCAACCUUUGCUAGGAUUGUUAGCCAUCUAGCUAACGUUAGCUACAGUUACAUUUGAUCAACUAAAGUAGAAUUACGCGAUAGCCAGUUAAAGCAACAAUGGGGUUAAGUUUACCUUUGCGACAUGUCUUUGGCUCCAGGAAGAGAAAUACGUUUCCAAUGUUUCUUAACAAAUAAUCGAACCACUGAAUGAGUGUAACUCCUUAAGAUAAAUCGCAUCAGACAUGAGGACAGUUUUCCCAAGUUUACAUGUUGCUUGGUCCGUCUCCAUGGUGACAGUCACUCCGGAGGCGGAAGCUUAUCAUGUGACCGUUACAAUAACGAUGUUAAUUCACCUCCGUCUUUCCCUAAUUGCAUUAUUAAAAGAAUCACCGAAAACUGAUGUUUUGUUUCGUAGGCCAACAUCCUAAUUGAACCUUGUAUGCUCUGUGCAACACACCGUGACGUCCUUUUAUUUUUGAUGUUAUUGUUUUAAGGCAGUAAAGAUUUGUUAUUUUAGCCUUGCCUGCUUUAAUGGUGUGCAUGCAACAUGUAAACACAGUUGGUGUAUAUCUGCCAGUUCGCUUUGGCAGAUGUAUCCUCAUAUGUGACGACAAUUGGCUAACAGAAUAUAAAACAAUUUGCAGAUUUCAUGCAUUUAUUAUUAAUUCUAUCAUUUAAUUUGGUUGAUUAGCUUUAAAAGUGGGGCUCAAACUGACAAAAAAAAAAAGUCAGCACUAAAUUUUAAGACUGCUUCUCAAACACAUUUACAUGCAAAUCUCGUGGUUUUUUUUAAAGCUCUAUUCCAACUAUAAGGAUGUAUAGCUGCCGGAUGGGGGCUCGUGGAGGCGCAUUCUCUGCCGCGCUUAGGCGGUCACAAGACUUGGACAUCGGUGAGCAAAAACACCGACACGCUGACAGGUCGACUAGAAGCUUACAGGCCACAGAUUCUUCUCUUCUCUGUGUCCAACAUCCAACAAGUUGCUCCUCUGGAAAACUACUUUCCUGCGCGCUCCUGCGCCACGGUCUCUGUCGUUGAAUUUUUCAAUGGAUUUGUCACUGGGAGUAUUUUUUUAGAUGUUAAAUUGUUGACAUUGUUCUGUCUGUAAAACGUAUUUUUUAUCUAGAGCUCAACAUUUUUUUAAAACUACAACUAGUGAUGUUUUGGUGCGUAAAGGAGGGGUGCAUGGCAAAGUGAGCGAAUGGCAAAGUGAGCGAAUGCCACUGGAUGAAAUUGCACCAAAGAUGUCAACAUUGCUUUACCACCCACACGAAAUCGAUUGUAUUACCUUCAAGAAGGUGGCUCCUCGUAUAAAUAGGGACGCAUUGUUUCAAGAAAGACGGUGGUGAGCACAAUCUGCCGGCUGUACUCUCUCUCUCCUAUCCGGACCUCAGACAACGCCUGGAAGAAUUUUGCUGAAGACAACUGUGUCCACUCUCCAGGACAUAAGCAACUUUACCUCCCAAACUAGUAAGUGUAAAGUUACCUUUACUGCUGCCUAAUUGGAUUACAUUACAUAAUUUCUGAUGAUUCAUUCCACUUGUAUGCAUGUAACCUCUAACAUGGAUUUCUUUCUUUUUUUAAAAAUUGUUAAUAUGUGAGAAAUUUCAAGACAAGCAAUCCUGAUAAGUCUGUUGUUGUUAAUGCCAAAUGUACAGACAUCAUUUAGUGUUUGCAAGAAAGCAUGUGUAACAAAACUUAUUUGCUCUUGUUUUCAGACAGUGAAGUCAUGCAGGUGGAGAGGAAAUGGCACAUUCUGUUUACUAUCUUCUUUCUGCUCAUCACCUCGGGCCAGUGUAUGGACAGCAAGGACGUCAAGCAGAAAGAAAGAAGGACCCUGUUGGAUCUAAUCUUACAGGUUAUUAGAGAAAGCCAGCAACGGGACAAAACUGUCUCCAGACGCUGUAGCAGUGGACUCUUCACUUCAGCCCAAGACAUGAAGUCCACCUCCCGUGAAAAGCCUUCCUAUGUUCCAAGGCUGGAUAACAGUAGACUCAUAGAAAUUUUCCCUAGAGAUGUAAACAUGAAAGGAAAAUUCAUUCAGCAUUUCACAGGACCAGUCAAGUUCUCGUCGGAGUGCAGAACACACUUUCAUAGACUUUAUCACAACACAAGGGAUUGCUCAAGACCAGCAUAUUACAAAAGAUGUGCAAGAUUGCUAACACGAUUAGCAAUGAGUCCACUCUGCAUGCAAUCGUAGAUGUUGCAUGUCCCAACAUAAUGGAAGAGGGAUCAUUGUGUUGCCAAGGAAGUGCCUUCAAAUCCACAGCAGUCAUAUGAACAUUGUCCAGUUUAUAGUGUUUCUAUUUUUGUUGUUCUGUUGUCAUUAUUGAAAAUGCUGAUGGACGUUGUUGGUUUUUUUUGAAUGGAUGUGCUUUUUAUUUCAAUGUACCUGUAUGUAUCAUAUAUUUGUAAGGCCCAUUAAUUUAAUAUUAAAUACACCUAUUUAUUGAAAUGGUAUGUAUAUAAUAAUAUCACAAUAAUUCAAAAUCGGAUUAUUGCGGUUGUAAAAGUCAUAUCUGGCGGAGAGGAAGCUUUUUUUUCUCCUUUAUAUAUGAAUUCAUUUUCCGCUACUAUGCUGAUAUUUUAUUCUGAAAUUGGUCUGAGAGAUUUGUCAUCUCCUUCGUUGUCUUCAUUACGUUUUAUUUGGCACUUGAGUGAUUGCUGACGAUGAGAACAUGUGGAAUGACAGCAGUGUUGAUUAUGCACUGCAGUAUUGAACAAUAAAGAAUAUUG